AUGCCCGGGGAUGACACGCACGAGCAUGCCUUGUCUGCGCCCCAGAGCCCGGACGCGCUGGAGGCUCAGUCCUUGCUCUCCGACGACGUAGACGCCAGUCCGCCUUCCGUUCCUCCACGCCACGCGUCCAAUGGCUUGCGCCAAUCCUCCAUUUCUCAACCGACGGCAGACGGGCAGCGUCGCACACCUCGGACCAUGAACCAUGUCCGGUUUGACAUCGAUGAAGAGUCGGCAACAGCAGGGGACGAUCGCCAUUCGAAUGGCCAUGCUCACAGCCCGGAUGAUGAGCUGUGGCUAGAUGACGAGGACUAUGAGCUAGGAGGCCAGGGCGCGCGAGGCGCGCGCCAUACAGGACAGACAGUUCCUCUUCUCACGGACAUCGAGGCCCCUAGCGUGACCCUGGCCACCUCAGACGACUUUUUCCCCGAAGACCACCUUGAGAAUGCUCGUCCGCGAAGUGGAAUGAAGAUGGCGUUUAUGAACAUGGCCAACAGCAUCAUCGGGGCUGGGAUAAUUGGCCAACCGUAUGCGCUCCGGCAGGCCGGCAUGGUUAUGGGGAUCCUGUUGCUCACUGCAUUGACUGUCACGGUGGACUGGACGAUCCGCUUGAUUGUGGUCAACUCCAAGCUAAGCGGAGCGGAUUCCUUCCAGGCGACUAUGCAAUACUGCUUCGGGAAAAGCGGUCUCAUUGCUAUUUCUGUGGCACAGUGGGCCUUUGCUUUUGGCGGCAUGGUUGCCUUUUGUAUCAUCGUCGGCGAUACCAUUCCCCAUGUGUUGAGCGCGUUGUUCCCGUCCCUGCGAGAGAUGUCCAUCCUCUGGCUUCUCACGGAUCGACGGGCUGUAAUUGUAUUGUUUGUUAUGGGUGUCUCGUACCCAUUGUCUCUUUACCGGGACAUUGCCAAGUUGGCAAAAGCAUCUGCCCUGGCGUUGGUUAGCAUGAUUGUCAUUGUUGUCACGGUCAUCACGCAGGGAUUCCGCGUGCCCUCUGAUUCUCGUGGAGAAAUCAAAAGCCACCUCAUCAUCAACUCGGGUUUCUUCCAAGCGGUGGGAGUGAUUUCUUUCGCGUUUGUCUGCCACCACAAUAGUCUUUUGAUCUAUGGAUCCUUGAAACGGCCGACCCUCGACCGCUUUACCAAGGUCACCCAUUAUUCCACCGGAGUCUCGCUGAUAAUGUGCCUUGCCAUGGGCAUUGCGGGUUUUCUAUCCUUCGGAUCGAAAACCCAAGGCAACGUAUUGAACAACUUCCCAUCUAACAACAUCUUGGUCAACAUCGCCCGAUUCUGCUUCGGCUUAAACAUGCUCACCACCCUACCACUCGAGGCCUUCGUCUGCCGAUCCGUCAUGACAACCUAUUAUUUCCCCGACGAGCCCUUCAAUAUGAACCGCCACCUCAUCUUCACUUCGGCACUGGUCGUCACAUCCGUGAUUCUCGCCCUGAUAACGUGCGACCUGGGCAGCGUCUUCGAGCUGAUCGGCGCAACCAGCGCCGCCGCACUGGCGUACAUCUUCCCUCCGCUAUGCUAUAUCAAACUGAGCAGCGCCAGCCGGCGGGCUAAGAUCCCCGCUUAUGCGUGCGUUGCUUUCGGGCUGAUUGUUAUGGGCGUUAGCAUCGUACAGGCUGUUGCAAAGAUUAUCAGUAGUAUGACUUUCCCCGUGGUCCCCAGCGUGUCUGUCAGCACUUGCUAA